GGCGGAAUGUAAGGAGAGUGAAGGAGAGUUGGGGACGGAAUCUCCGAGCUUAGUAUCGCCGGAGAAUUUGAAGAAAAUGGAGGAAGAUAGGGUUUUGAGACGUUCGCCGAGAGGAUUGCCGAGCUUAUAUCUGAAUGGAGGAUAUAUGAUUAAUACACAACAUCCAACAUCCGUCUUUUUGCUGUAACUACCAUUGUUCCAUUAGUGCACAUCGGCUGUUCAAUGAAAUUUCCAUUAGAAGUCGAAAGUUGUUGAAGAAUAAUGGUUUCAUGGGGAAGUAGGUUCAUAUACCUAUCAACUAAGAGAACUCUUUGGAAGUUUAGAAGGGUGAUUUUGAGAAAGGUACAUGUUGGAACUGAUGUGAACAAGUAUGAUUUAUGUACAACACUUAAUUCUUGUACAAAGAUUCGAAAUUCCCAAUUGGGUUUGCAAAUUCAUGCGAAGAUAAUUCAGUAUGGUUAUGGAGAUAAUUUAAUAUUGAGUAGUGCACUUGUUGAUUUUUAUGCAAAGUGUUUUGGGAUUGAGGAUGCUAGGAGCAUGUUUAAUGAAAUGAAGCAGCAUGAUGAAGUGUCAUGGACAUCUAUUAUAUCGGGGUAUCUACAGUAUGGAUGUGGAGUUGAGGCCAACUUCUUGUUCAAGAAGAUGCUAACAAGCGAUAUUCAACCUAAUUGUUUCACUUAUGUUAGUGUUAUUGCUGCCUGUUCUGCUGAAAAAGAACCUCUUAAACAAGGCUUACUAGUUCAUGCUCAUGUUAUAAAGCUUGGUUUUAUGGUUGACAAUUUCGUGGUUAGCUCCUUGAUUGAUUUUUACUCAAAAUGUGGGUGUGUAGAUGCUGCUGUUUUGAUUUUCAAUGAGGCAGCAACCAGGGAUAGUAUUGUCUACAACUCAAUGAUUGCUUGUCACUGCCAUAACCUCUAUGUUGAAAAUGCAGUCAGACUGUUUUUACGUAUGAGAAAUCAGGGUAUUAGCUCUACAGAUUUCACCAUGAGCAGCAUUUUGCAUGCAUCUGGGAGGCUAUCAGUUCUCCAGGUUGGGAGGCAGGUGCAUGGAUUGGUAAUAAAAUUAGGUUCUUUGACCAAUCUGUUUGUUUUGAGCUCUCUGAUUGACAUGUACUCAAAAAGCGGUAGCAUUGAUGAAGCUCGUUAUGUUUUCGAUCAAACAAUUGAAAAGAACUAUGUUUUGUGGACAAGUCUAAUUUCAGGGUAUGCUCAGAGUGGAAGAGCAAUAGAGGCGCUAGAGCUGUUUGAUCACAUGUUGGGCAAAGGGUUCUUCCCUGAUCAUAUUUGCUUUACUGCAGUUCUCAGUGCUUGUAAUCAUGCAGGUUUACUUGAUAGAGCUGUAGAGAACUUCAAGAAGAUGAUAAAGGAUUAUGAUCUGUCUCCUACAAUGGAUCAAUAUGCUUGUCUAAUUGACUUGUAUUCCAGACAAGGGCAUAUAAAAAAGGCAAUGCAAUUGAUGGAUGAGAUGCCUUUUGAUCCUAAUUCUGUCAUAUUGAGUUCGCUAUUGAGUUGCUGCAAAACAUAUGGUGCCGUGGAAUUGGGAAGAGUGGUUGCUAAUCAGCUCUUUGCUCUGCAGCCACAGGAUUCUGCUGCAUACCUAACAAUGGCUCACAUUUAUGCUGAAGCUGGCUUAUGGGAUGAGGUUGCCAAUAUCAGAAAAUUGAUGAAGCCAAAAGGAGUGGAAAAGUGUGCAGCAUGGAGUUGGGUUGAAGUAGAUGAACAUUUGAACAAUUGAGUUAUUCUUAUUGGUACAUCACGUCAUUAAGCAUCUCUCAACAAUUUUAUCUGUUCGAGCACCUUAAUUUGGGAAACAAGUUCCAUCCGGGAAGAAUGUGAACCAAUGAUGUGGAUCAACUCACUUCUUGCAGGGGAAGUGCAACAAGAAAGUAUGAAUAUGAUACUUGUGAAUACCUAGUUGGAACCUCAAUCCUCUAAGGUAAAUCAGCUUGUCUCGAGGAGCCAAUUCACCAUGGUGUUGUAUUUCUGUUUUGCAACAUCAAUCUGUAAAGAAAAACCCAGAAGAAUGCAGAAGUGUGCAAGAGUGAAAGGUAAUAAAAGAACACAUACUUCAAAUUAGGCUAAUACAUAUGUUUCAUAUUUGGAAUGCUAGGGGGAUAGCAAGAGAUGGGUUCAAGGGUAACAUCAAGCAACUCAUCAGAGAUCAUGAUCCGGACAUUCUCAUUCUCACUGAGACAAAAGUCACUAAAAUUGGCUGCGAGGAAAUUGUUGAAAUUCUACCCUACAACUCGAAUGAAGUGCUGGACCCGGUGGGGUUUUCUGGUGGGAUCCUCAUCAUGUGGAACUCGGGUUUCCACGACCUCUUAGUAGUCAACAAGGAGCCUCGUGCAAUCCAUGCUGUUGUGCAGGCUGCAGCUCCAAAGAUUACCUGAGGCCAAGCUCUUCUAUGGUGAAAGAGGGAAGAACAUGGUGGCUGACAUCCUGGCUAGAGAUGCAAGGGAGAAACUAAGUGUUUUGAAUCUUCGAUGUAAUAUUGCUGUACCCCCAGACAUAUGUACUAACUAUCUAGCUAAAGACAUUGCUACUAUUUCUAGGGAUUGUAUUCCACAGGAUGCUAUUUUGUGCCAAAUUUUGUGCCAAAUCCAGAGGGGUAGGCAAACUUUUGUAAACAAUUUAAUUACUAAUUAAGCCACCUUUUCCCUCCAAAAAAAAAAAAAAAAAAAUAUACCGCGCAUGUUUGGGUUGAGUA